AUGCCCGGCAGACUGCACGUCCGCUUCGCCGAGCACAAGAAUGAGUACUUCUUCCCAAAGGACUACAAGCGCAAGCGCGCUACCUCACUUCCCCCGCCGCCGCCCCCAGCGCAGGAUUACUUGCAGGUGCCUUCCAAACACGCCUCGCACGCGUCCUUCGAUGGAGCGUUUCGCGCACCUGCACACGUGCCCUCGUCGCACGGAACUCAUUCCCCCGCAUCCCGCAUCGGAUCCCACUUGCUCCCAUCACACGGGACGCAUUCCCCUCAUGGAUCGCACAGCUCCUCGUCCCCCAACGGCGCCCAUUCCUCGCACACCUCGUCGAGUUCGCAAGGCACGCCCCUAUCAGCAUCUCGCACGCAGGCACUCCCACCACCCUCGCCUGCGCAAGCGCCAUCACAUAUCCCAUCAUCAACAUCUUCUUAUCCCCCAACGCCGACUCGCGCCCUGCGCCCGAGACGGUACUCAGACUCUUCGCGCUACGGCCCCGCAUACGCGCACAUCCACCCGCUCCUCGCGCGCGACAAGCAGCUUCCACCCCUGCGCUUCGACCUGCGCCGCCGACCCCGGCACAUCACCGACGCGCACCGGCACCACCUUCCCUCUAAGCUCCUCGCCGAGCCCGCGACCAACCCGCCCGUCGCUGCGUUGACCGUCGCGUCCUCGCGCCUCCCGUGGGCCUUCCGCAUCGAGGGCGCGACGCGCUCCGAGCGGUACGAUGCGGCGUACGUCUCGGUGCGCGACGUGCUGGACGGGCUGUACGCGGCGAUGCGCGCGCCGGUGGGCGAGCGGGAGUACAAGGCAUACGCGGAUCGGCGCGGUGUGCGACACGCGUUCGCGGAGCGCUGCCGGGUGAGCUCGCGGCCUGCGGAGGAGAAGGCGCAGGGGCUGAGGCGGGUCGAUCUGUUGACGACGCGCAUAUGGUUCGCUGGGUUGGAGAGGGGUGAUGGGGGCGUUUGGAACCUCAGGUUGGCGGAGAGCGAGGUGGCGAAGUGA